AAUGAAUUAGUCAGCAUUCACACCUAUGCAACGCCAAUGUUUCCGACCUGUGCCAAUUCUUAUAUCGAUUGAUCCAAUCUAACAUUUCUGAGCUCGGGGGUUCCAAAAGUCCCACUUAAUAACUUCAGCAAAACGGAACAGAGGAGUGUUCAUGUUCAUUAUUUAAGAUGUCUCAUAUUUCUGGAUUUUCCAAGUGCUAAAAUUCCCAAGAUACGAAAUAAGUGUGUCCAUACAUACAUACAUAUUGAAUGUGUCGAACAAGAACAAGUUUGUCAGGUAACCUCCAUGGGCGUAGCCAUUUGAAUGGGGAACUUGUGAUAGUAAUUAGCAAAACAUUUUAAUCCAGGUAGUUUUGCAAAAAAAAAAGUACCGACAUUUAAUGGGUGUGUAAUGUGGUGUCCAUAUUGACGCGUGCCAGUCGCCAUCGUCAAGAGAAUCAAAAGAGAGAGAUCGCUCGAUUGUAGCAUAUUUAGACAUGCAUGAAUGGGGUACGAAUGGAGCUGAGUGGUGGCCGGGUGGCUGGGUCGCUGGCUACCGACAACAAGUGGUAGAUCAAUGGGGGGUUUCCUGGAAUUUAAUCGCUUUUCCCACGCUCUUUCCCCCAUUCGGAAAGCAUUUGACAUUACUCUCUUUGUGCAUGUGUGAAAACAUCAUCUAUUCUCUCGAGCGGCUGGCGAGAUAAACCAGUUGGGGAUUCGAUCUUGGUUUUUGUGCAUAAGUUAUUUUAUGCAUUCGUAAUAAGUCUCAUUCCCCCGAAGCACGCGAAUCUCAACUACAAAAGCUCGACACACGACCACGUCCGGCUCAUUCUCAGUCAAUCAGUUGAGCGCGCGCGUUUUGUGUUUUCUUUUUCUUGAGAGACAAAAGAUCAGUAUAAUAGUAUUCGAUCUUGGUACAGGUUUGAACUGCGCGGCAGCUGAUAAAUAUAGAUAUUUAAAGCCCUCAAGAUAUAAUAGCCGAGCCGAUUAUCAGAAACAGGAUGAUGCUAUUUAUAAUCACAAUAAGCACGAUUUUGCUGCUUCUUCCUGGACUGGGUCAAGCACAACGCAGAUGCACCACACCAAUCGGACAAACUGGAACUUGUCUACCAAUUCGUCAGUGUCAAUACUUUACAGAUCUUGAGGAUCGUUAUGGAGGAAGUUUACCGCGUUCCGUGCGGAAUGAAUUGUUAUUAAUGCAGUGUACUGGUGAACAGAGACGGGACUUUUACUUGUGUUGCCCCCGCCAAUCGGGUGUACAGGCCCAGAGCCUAUCUCCGCCAGCAACCGAUCGUAAGCCGGUGCGUUCUGUGUCGACAGAUCCAUCGAGCUGGAAACAGAUUAGUCAAAGUGGCAUGCGAGUACUGGAAUCUGUGACCAAUUGUGGGCUAAAAAAUAAUCAAAAAGUUGCCGGUGGCGAUAAUGCCCAACUGGGCCAAUUUCCAUGGCUAGCUUUGCUCAAGUACCAAGUGGAGGGUCGUCCAUUCCUUUGCGGAGGAAGUUUGAUCAGUGAUCGUUAUGUUAUAACCGCAGCUCAUUGUGUGGUGCAAUCGGCCAAGCUGAUCGGCGUACGUUUGGGCGAACACGAUUUAAAUUCCAAUCCGGAUUGCCAAAUUUUGGGAGGACGUUUUCGCGAAUGCUCGCCAGUUUAUGAGGAUUUCGGAAUUGAGAAAAUCCAACCACAUCCCGGCUAUGUCCAUGGAUCAAUUAAAUAUGACAUUGCGUUGAUUAAAUUGGACCGAUCGGCUAGCUCGUACAGCCACAUUCAGCCGAUAUGCCUGCCCAUUGAGCCAAAAUCCCAAGCGGUUGCCUAUAAUCAGGACUUUUACAUUGCUGGCUGGGGCCAGACCGAGACCAGGCAGGCAGCAUCAGUGCUCCAGAAAGCAGUGGUCUCCCGCCAGAGCCUCGACGUGUGCCGCAAUUACUUUAGCAAUGCUCCAGUUUCCAAUAAUCACAUAUGCGCCGCUGGCGAAGGCUUGCCACACACCUGCCAAGGGGAUUCUGGUGGUCCAUUAUUUUUCCGUCAUAAGUUCCGUACAACCUAUCGAUUCGUUCAGUACGGCGUUGUUUCUUUUGGUGGCAAAUUUUGCGGUAGCAGUGAAUCAAAACCCGGAAUAUAUGCCAAUAUAAUUGACAUGUUACCGUGGAUUACCCAAAACUUGGAUUAGAUGGAUACUCGCAUACAGAAAAUCAUCAACAACCUUCAAUUUACUUAGACCUAAGAACCCAUUGCCAUAGCUAUUGUUAGAGAUCGCUUUAGAAUGUAAUACUUAUUAAAUAUACUCAUAUUUAUGAUAUCUGCAGCAUGAA